GACAAAGCUCCACUAGCCAUCCUGGGCAUUCUGUUCAUGAGAAAGUGGGGAUUUGUGGGCAUGGUUUGACUCGGUGUCGACCGACUCGAACGACCCCCCAACAGACCGACUUGAAGGAUAUAUAAAGCCUCGCUCUCUCGACGAUUUUUGAAAGUCCAUCCAACACAUCUUCCUCUCACAACUCUUACCAACAAAACAUCUUCACACACACAAAGCUAUCGCUUUCAAAAAGACAACCACAAAAACUCCAUCAUCAUCACAAUGAAAUUCUCCCUUGCCGUCCUUGCUACAAUGGCCUCCGCUGCCAUGGCUGCUCCCUUCGUCGAACGAGGAGACUCUCAAUGCGGACCCAACACGUGUAUCAUCAACGGAGUCAGCGUCCUCGACUGUUCCACAGUUAACAUCGCCUCUCUCGUCGUCGGAGAUACUUUCCAGCCUUGCUCCGGCUGUGACAAUGGUCAGACUUGUGUCGUCAACGGACUUGGAGUCCUUGAUUGCUCCAACAUCAACAUCGCCAGCAUCCUCAACGAACUAGGACUCGGAGGUAGCGGAGGUGGUCUCUUGGGAGGCCUCCUCAAGCGAGACGAAAUUGAGGAACGAGGCAACACUUGCUACAUCAAUGGAAUCAGCGUCGGUGACUGCACCGACAUCAACGUCCUCUCGCUCUUGUUCGGAAACAAUGUUCCUUCCAACUGCUGCCCUCCCCACUCGAAGCCCACGACGAGCACCAAACCGGCACACACCUCGUCGACCUCGACAAAGAAGUGGGGACACACCUCCACCUCUACAAAGUCAUGGGGACACUCAACCACAACUCCCAAGCCAUCUAAGACCACAAGUGCUUGCGCUACCGAGACGGUCACUGUCACCCACUGGCAAUGCAACAAGUAAACUGGGGAAGCGAGCCUCCCAAGCUCUACCCAAUUGUCAAGGUUAGGAUAUUGUAAAUCGAGUAUUAUUAGCUUUGUUC